AUGUUUGAGACUCUGCAGCCGGCUGCAUAUGCUGUUUCUUUCAUUUUCUGGGCGCUCUCGACGUUGACGACCUGCUUCCGGAUCUACUCGCGAGGAUGGAUUAUACAGGCUUUUGGAAAAGAUGACUGGUGGAUGGUUAUGGUGCUGGUCUGCAACACCGCACAGCAAGGGUUAUUCUCGGCGUUUCUUCACUACGGGGGUGGAAUUCACCUCUCCUCUACGACUGACCCCACAAGUUUAUUGAUUCUUGCAAAGCUUCUCUUUGCAGAAGAAAUUGUAUACAUCUGGAUGCAAUUCGCCAUCAAGACAGGAUUCUUGCUCUUCUAUCUCCGGCUGACAAACAUGACAUCCUUCAUUUACGGAGUAUACGCGACAAUGGGACUGAACGUUCUGAUCACCAUCGCCCUGUGGCUGCUUUAUUGUCUUCAAUGCAUGCCCUUGGCAGCCUUCUGGAACGCGGCAGCAUACCCAGACGCAAAGUGCCUGCCAACAUCAGUAACAUACUAUGUGCCUGUCGCGCUGUGUAUUCUAAUGGACUUCAUUGUCCUCACCCUCCCCAUCCGGCCCCUCUGGAAUAUCCAAGCAACCGUGAUGCGUCGAUUGGGUAUCAUAGCCACCAUCACCGUCGGUGGCAUCGCGGUCGUGGUCUCCUGCUUGCGCGUCAUUAUCCUCCACCGAUUUGCAGUCGAUCCCGACUUCACUUAUAUCCUCGGCGAAAUGGUCAUUAUUUCGGCGGUUGAGUUGAAUGUUGCUAUCAUGGCCUCAAACGUGCCGUCCCUCAAGGCAGUUUGGCUCAAGCACGUCAGCGGUUCGUUAAAAGGGACGGAUCACACAAGCUCUGUUCACUUGUCAUCGCUUGGGAGGAAAGCACGCCCAAGCGAGAGGAGCGAGUUGGAGGUAGAUCCGGAUUCGUCUUCGACAAAUAAUUUGGUUACAGGACCUGGGAGUGAUGAGUGGGGGGGUUCGGAAAGAAACUCAUCAUUUCUCAAAACAGACAUGAAACUGGUAAUAGACCGAUGGUAUACCGUUAUCCCAUUCCGGUGGGGUAUAUCAAAGAUUGAGAUCGAAGGGCGAGUCUCUCUGCUUUGA